CGCCAAGCAAACCAGUGAGCUCUUCCGGCUAUUUGAUACUCGAGAGUGAUUGAGAAGAACAUGAAGAACUUGUCGCCAGUGUUAGCUUUUUCGAGAGCGAUUAGGAAGAAAUGGUAGAGCUGUACGUGCUUUGUACUCGAUCUGCGGACCUUGCCGCCUCCAUUUCUCAGAGACUUGAAGCAGGUGGUAAAUCCAAUUCUAACACUGUCGUCGUUUCAAAUCAAUCAUAUAAUUCGUCCUUCAAUUUCUGCUUAAAUCACCAUCCCUGAGCGUUUUGCUCGCUAAUCUCCAUGUCGUGGUGCAAAUCGGAGUAGCUCCGAGAUGGGAUAGGCAUGUGCUUCGUCUUCAAAAAUAAUCCGAUCACUUGUUCCGAUCGGGUACGCCAAUUCGCAAUGCACAGAAGCUAUUUGAUUUAUUGUCUCUGAGAGUCUGAAGCUGACAUGUCGUUUUACAGCUGAAGAUCCUAUACACGACCUAGUUAAAGCGGCAACUGCCCAUUUAUGUAAAAGCGGCACUGGCGGCCGAGACCGCUGUGUUUGGCUUCCUUUUGGUCAGUGGUCCAUCUCUGCUGGUCACUCUAACGUACGCUCUUACGCCAUCCCCUCGUUCCAUUCUACUCUUCUUCUUCACCCACGACCUAACUGCUGACGCCAUCACCACCACCAACUGCUUCCGAUUCACCAAACAAACUUAUAUAUAACUCACCCAAACACCUUCCUUUACUCACUCAGCUACUAUCUCCUUCUGCUCACUCAUUCACAGAGAGACAUUUAGCACAUAGACAUGGCGGGUGUGAGGAGGAUGAAGCUCGGGUCACAAGGCCUGGAGGUCUCAGCUCAAGGACUGGGCUGCAUGGGCAUGUCAGCCUUCUAUGGCCCCCCGAAGCCCGAAGCCGACAUGAUCAAGCUCAUCCACCAUGCCAUUGACUCCGGCGUCACCUUCCUCGACACCUCCGACAUGUACGGUCCCCACACCAACGAAAUGCUCCUCGGCAAGGCUUUGAGUGGAGGGGUGAGAGACAAGGUUGAAUUGGCCACCAAAUUCGGUGCCAGGUUUGCGGACAACAAAAUGGAGAUUCGAGGCGAGCCGGCAUAUGUGAGAGCUUCUUGUGAAGGAAGCUUGAAACGACUUGGUGUAGAUUCUAUUGAUCUCUAUUAUCAGCAUAGGAUUGACACCCGUGUCCCCAUUGAAGUCACGGUGGGGGAGCUCAAGAAGCUAGUUGAAGAGGGUAAAAUAAAGUAUAUUGGUUUGUCUGAGGCAUCAUCUUCAGCAAUAAGAAGAGCCCAUGCUGUUCAUCCAAUAACUGCUGUGCAGCUGGAGUGGUCCUUGUGGUCAAGAGAUGUAGAGGAAGAAAUAAUCCCUACUUGUCGGGAACUUGGCAUUGGCAUUGUUGCAUACAGUCCUCUGGGAAGAGGAUUCUUAUCAUCGGGGGCAAAAUUCAUCGAAAAUCUUCCCAAUGAUGAUGUUCGAAAGCAUAUGCCCAGGUUCCAAGCUGAAAACCUAGAGCAUAAUAAAACAAUAUUUGAGCGAGUAAGUGAUCUUGCAGCCAGGAAGGGUUGCAUCCCAUCUCAACUAGCACUGGCCUGGGUUCAUCACCAAGGAAAUGAUGUGUGCCCUAUACCCGGAACCACCAAGAUUGAGAAUUUUAACCAGAACAUCAAGGCUCUGUCUGUGAAACUGACACCAGAAGAAAUGGCUGAGCUUGAAUCUUUUGCUUCCGCAGAUGCUGUUAAGGGCGACAGGUAUCAGACUAGCGUCAGUACUUGGAGGAACUCUGAGACUCCACCACUGUCUUCAUGGAAAGCCACAUAAGUAGGUGCCUAGAUUCUCGGAGUUAUGUCACAAUAAUGCCUCUUUGUGCCUUGAGAAUUUGGUGAAUUUGUAUUUUUGUUCAAAGACUUGGUAGAUGAUGGAGUCACUAGAGUAAUAUGUUCACUGUCUGUCCUUGAAACAAUAAAAAGUUUUGUAUUAAAAUUUGAA